AUCCCCAGCCAGGAGCCUCGCCUUUGACCAAAAUACCCCUCCCCCUCCCGUCUCAUCUCCUCCUCCCUCGCCGCCCCCUCUUCCCCCAUUGCCCCUCGCCUCCCCCAAUUCCCAGGCCUUCCUCUCUUUGCCCCCCGACUCUACCCCUGCGCGGCCUUCAAAUCAGCCCCGCGUCAGUCUACCCGCCCUUCCCUUUCGCGCGCAGCUCCCUCGCCGCGCCGGAGCGGGGCAGGAGCCGCGCCGCGCCGUGCGGUUGGAUUCGCUUCUUGGAUCUCGGCCUGGCCGGCUCGUCCCGGCGUUUCUUGGCGGUUUUUUCUCGGGGCCGAUGGCUGCGUGAAGGUUGGAUUAGGUUUCCGGUGGGUUGGCGCGCGAAAAAAUUGGAUCUUGGCGGGGUUCCAAGAGGCCGGAUUGCGCCGCCGCUCGGGCUGCCGGGACUGGGAAGGAAUCGCCGCUGCGAUUUCCGGUGGCUUUUGCGCUACUUGCCUUGGAGCACUAGGAGCUCUGUGUUUCUUGAUGCGGUGAUCGGCGAUGGCCAACCACGAGCUGGUCCUCGGGCACGGGCAGAACCCGGAGCUGGCGCUGGGGCAGAACCACCACGACUUCGGGCAGGACCAUGGUCUGGGCCUCGGGCACAGCCACGACCUCGGCCUCGGUCACCCGCACGAGCACGACCUCGGCCUCGGCCACCCGCACGACCACGACCUCGUCCUGGGCCAGUCGCACGAGCACGACCAUGACCAUGACCUCGGCCUCGGGCACCACCACGACGACAGCCACCAGCUGGUCCUCGGGCACGACCGCCACCACGGCCACGCCGGUGAGCUUGCUCUGAGGCAGGGCCAUGAGGGGGAUUCCAGCGUGCUGGACGGGCAGGGCCACCACCAUGACCUUGACCUGUCGGAGAGCCACGAGUUGACACUCGCCGAGACGCACCACCUGGGUGUUGAUCAGAACCUUGAUCAGCUCUCGCUUGAGCAGGCCCACGAGCUCGCGCUGCAGCCAGCACAUGACCUCUCGCAGGCGCCUCUUGCAGUCGCUCCUGUUGUCCAGUCGCGGACGAUGGUUGUGAGCCCUGAGUUUCAGCUCACGGUGGGGCAGGAGUUUCCAGAUGUCAUGAGCUGCCGCAGGGCCAUCCGCCACACUGCCAUCGCCUGCCACUUUGAGAUACAGACGGUGAAGUCUGACAAGACAAGGUUCACUGCUAAGUGUGCUGCUGAGGGCUGCCCGUGGCGCAUACAUGCUGCAAAGCUCCCUGCUGUACCCACUUUCUCCAUCAGAACUAUACAUGACAACCACAGUUGUGUGGGGAUCAACCAUCUUGGCCAUCAGCAGGCAUCUGUUCAGUGGGUUGCAAACACUGUCGAAGAGAGACUACGUGAUAACCCACAAUGCAAGCCCAAGGAAAUUUUGGAAGAAAUCCACAAGGCACAUGGGAUCACACUAUCCUACAAGCAAGCUUGGAGAGGGAAGGAGCGGAUCAUGGCAGCAGUUCGAGGGUCUUUUGAAGAAGGAUAUCGUCUCCUGCCUGAGUACUGUAGGCAAGUGGAAAGAACAAACCCAGGAAGCAUCGCUCGCGUCUAUGGGAACCCAGAUGACAACUGCUUUCGGCGACUCUUCAUAUCAUUUAAUGCAUCAAUAUGUGGUUUUGUGAAUGCAUGCCGUCCACUCAUUGGGCUUGAUAGAACCCUUCUGAAAAACAAGUAUCUUGGUACCUUGUUUCUUGCCACUGGUUUUGAUGGCGAUGGUGCUCUCUUUCCUCUGGCAUUUGGCGUUGUUGAUGAGGAAACUGAUGAGAACUGGGUAUGGUUUUUGUCCGAGUUGCAUGAAUUGCUGGAGAAGAACACUGAAAACAUGCCAAGGCUCACCAUCUUGUCAGAUAGACGGAAGGGUAUUGUUGAUGGAGUCGAGUUUAACUUCCCAACUGCAUUCCACGGGUACUGUAUGCGCCAUGUUAGUGAAACCUUCAAGAAAGAGUUCAACAAUUCGGUGCUUGUCAACCUUCUCUGGGAAGCUGCCCAUGCGCUGACUGUGAUAGAGUUUGAAACCAAGCUGCUGGAGAUAGAGGACACAUCACCAGAAGCUGUUGUUUGGAUAAGGCACCUACCUCCUCGUCUUUGGGCCACUGCUUACUUUGAGGGGACUAGGUAUGGUCACCUAACAGCAAACAUCACGGAGUCACAAAAUUCUUGGAUACUGGACGCUUCUGGGCUUCCUAUAAUUCAGAUGAUGGAGUGCAUCCGGCGCCAGCUAAUGACAUGGUUCAACGAACGGCGUGAAGCAAGCACGCAGUGGACAACUAUCCUGGUGCCCACAGCUGAGCGCCGUGUGCAAGAGGCCAUCGAGCGUGCACGGGGCUACCAAGUGGCCCGGGCCAACGAAGCAGAGUUUGAGGUGAUCUCGCCUCAUGAGGGAACGAACAUUGUGGACAUCCGCAACAGGUGCUGUCUGUGCCGCGGUUGGCAGCUCUAUGGCGCGCCAUGCGCUCAUGGCGUGGCGGCGCUCCUCUCCUGCAGGCAGAACGUCCACCGUUACACGGAGAGCUGCUUCACCGUGGCGACAUACCGCAAGACAUACUCGCAGACCAUACACCCUAUCCCUGACAGAACCCUCUGGAACGAAACGUCAGGUCAAGGCCAGGCUGAAGAGAGCAAGGUGGAGGUAAUCAUCAACCCGCCGAAGUCACUGAGGCCCCCAGGGAAGCCAAGGAAGAAGAGGGUCCGCGCAGAGGACCGUGGACGAAUCAAGCGAGUUGUUCACUGCAGCCGCUGCAACCAAACGGGACAUUUCAGAACUACAUGUGCUGCUCCUAUAUGAGCAAUGCCAUCAUACAGGCCGUGUUGGAAUUCUGAAAAUAGCUCAGAAUUCCUGUGAAAAGUUAGAACUUAGUGUCUAUUGUGCAAACUUCCUGCUUGCAGAUGGGCUCCUUUGGUUAUAUACUUAGAUACUGCUGUUGAUCUAUGCAAUAGUUUAUAAUGUUAAUCCAGUUAUAUUUCUCCUGCCAAACCAAGGGAAAUAGAGUAACUAUGUUCCCAAAUGUUGGAUAUAAGCAUUGCGAUACUCUUAUGUUGUAUCCAUCCCCAAGUAUGAGUUGUUGCCUGCUCGGUUGAUUGUAUCAUCAAUUUGUUUUGGCACUGAUCUUUCAUGUA